AUGGAAGUUUGCCGGAACAUAGGAGCUUUUCUCGGGGAGGAGCGCGGCCUGAAUCUCAAAGAAACUGAGCUGUGCCUUGGCUUGCCGGGUGGAGGUUGUGGUGGAAGUGAAAGCGACUCGAUUAAAAUUACUGGGAAGAGAGGAUUUUCAGAGACUGUUGAUCUGAAACUCAACCUUCAGUCCAAUGAAUCAGCUUUAGAUCUGAAGGAAACAAUGAAAAAUUCAUCCAAUGAGAAGACUGUUCUCCCCUCCAAGGAUCCAAUCAAGCCACCAGCCAAGGCACAGGUGGUGGGAUGGCCACCAGUCAGGUCAUUCCGCAAGAAUAUUAUGAGCCAGAAGAGCAACAAUGAAGAGUCUGAGAAGGCGGCAUUCGUGAAGGUUUCCAUGGAUGGUGCGCCUUAUCUUCGUAAGGUGGACUUGAAACUUUAUAAGAGUUAUCAAGAACUCUCUGAUGCCUUGGCGAAGAUGUUCAGUUCAUUCACUAUGGGAGAUUAUGGGACUCAAGGUAUGAUAGAUUUCAUGAAUGAGAGCAAAUUGAUGGAUCUCUUGAACAGUUCUGAGUAUGUGCCUACCUAUGAAGAUAAGGAUGGUGACUGGAUGCUCGUGGGCGAUGUGCCAUGGGAGAUGUUUGUUGAUUCCUGCAAGCGCCUUCGCAUAAUGAAAGGAUCAGAAGCUAUUGGACUUGCUCCAAGAGCCAUGGAAAAAUGCAAAAACAGAUGCUAA